CUCCUCCUCCAGUCCAGACAUUCUGAGACAGACUGCACGUGUGUAUCUCAAUGUCUGAGCCAGUGUUGAAGUAUAUUGGUCAUAAAGCUAGCAAAGUAAGAUGGGAACCUGUUGAGAGCAUAGAGAGAGGGACUCGGUUUGUUACAGGAAGCUAUGAUGACAAGGUUAAUAAGGUUCGUCUGUAUAACUACAGUCUUGAUGAUAGCACUGGGUCAUUUAAUGAACCGAAUGAGGUUUCCUCCUGCUCAGUGUCUGGCGAUGUGACUGACCUUUUGUUUAUUGACAGGAGAUACUUAUUGGUCGCAUUAUCCAAUGGCUCAGUCUCUGUAAUAAAGAAUGAAGAUAACACUCUGUGUCCAGCGUAUGAAUGGAAAGGCGUUCACUGCAGUAAUGCUAGUCCAGUUCCUGUUACUAGCAUAACUCACUAUUCACUGACUAAUGAUGACACUGUACUAACUGCUGGAGAGGAUGGGAGGAUUGCUGUACUGAGACUUGAUAAGCCCACACCAUCGAGCUUUAUAGAUGACAAAGACAGCACGUCAAUCACAUCCUUGAUCAGUUAUUAUCAUUCCGAGGUUUUGGCUGCUAAUUUGAGCGGACAGCUAAAGCUCUGGGACCUUAGAGCCAGCUCUACUGCACCUGCUAAGACAUUCCCCAUUAGCUCCAGCUCUAUGGUGUCUGUUAAUUGUCUCUCUCAUCAUCCUAACCAGUCCCACAUGAUCACUGCUGGUUGUGAUAAUGGCUCCAUUGGAUUCCUUGACCUCAGACAAGAGAGGAUACCGAUAUCAUUCCUUCAAGGUCACACAAUGGAAGUUUGGGAGUCUCGAUUCCAUUCACUGUAUCCUGAUAAUCUAAUUUCCUGCUCCCAAGAUGGAUCACUGUUGCACUGGGCUUCACUACAAAGACACUACAACAGAGACCCUCAUCACGCCGUCUCUUCCUCUUCUAACGACGACCAUAUUUGGUCGCACACAGCCAUUGCUAAGGGUAACUUUGAAGCAACUAGACUCAUCCCGGAGAGCAAUGUCCACUCGGUCAAUUCCUUUGAUGUAUCUAAUAAGAAUUGUGUUGUGGGUGUCACUGAUGGUGAAGCAAUGUAUGUACUCCCUAAUAUAGACUGUCAUUAGUACUAACACUAUUAGUAGUAAACAUGCUUCAUCUAUGUGAGCAAUAUGUCAUUAUAGUAAUGAUGAUAAUAUGUACAUGUAUGUACAAUUGACUAGUAUUAUACUUGUCAAUGUUGUCACUCAUUAAGUACAUGUAUAUUCAUUGUUUUUCAAUAUGUCUUUUAUUCUACUAA